AUGGCGAAAGCAGGCCCGAAGCGUUUCGCGCCGCUGAGAGAAGGCAUCAGCCACUCCAACGAUUUGCCGAAGUUGAGAGGAGUAGUCUUUGACGUUGAUGGAACCUUGUGUGAACCUCAGAAUCACAUGUUUGUGGAGAUGCGAGAUGUUUUAGGGAUUCCAAAGUCUAUUGACAUUCUUGACCACAUAUACUCACUGUCUCCUGAAUCGAAACAGGAAGAGGCCAUGGAACAGAUUCGGGCCAUUGAACGCCGGAACAUGUCCGAGUAA